UGAGCGACCUGCAAGAAGAGGGUAAAAAUGCUAUCAACGCACCAAUGAACCCCAGCACCGUGGACAUUCAUCCAGAAGAUACGCUACUAGAGGAGAAUGAGGAACGCACCAUGAUUGAUCCUAACUCAAAAGAAGACCCCAAGUUCAAAGAACUAAUCAAGGUUCUAAUUGACUGGAUAAAUGAUGUGCUGGUGGAGGAGAGAAUCAUUGUCAAACAGCUAGAAGAAGACCUUUAUGAUGGACAGGUGCUGCAGAAGCUGCUAGAAAAGUUGGCUAACCGUAAACUGAACGUGGCAGAAGUGACACAGUCUGAAAUUGGUCAGAAACAAAAGCUGCAGACGGUGCUGGAAGCUGUCCAUGACUUGCUGCGACCGCAUGGCUGGACAAUCAAGUGGAGCGUUGACUCAAUCCACGUCAAGAAUCUGAUUUCCAUUCUUCACCUUCUGGUAGCUUUGGCAAUGCAUUUCCGGGCUCCCAUUCGACUGCCUGAGCAUGUGUCUGUACAAGUGGUAGUUGUACGGAAACGUGAAGGCCUUCUUCAGACCACUCAUGUUACGGAGGAGCUCACAACUACGACAGAGAUGAUGAUGGGAAGAUUUGAGCGGGAUGCCUUUGACACACUCUUUGAUCAUGCACCUGACAAACUCAGCGUAGUCAAGAAGUCUCUGAUCACCUUUGUGAACAAACACUUGAACAAACUGAAUUUGGAAGUAACUGAGCUAGAAACCCAGUUUGCAGAUGGUGUUUACUUGGUAUUGCUCAUGGGUCUCCUUGAAGACUAUUUCGUUCCACUUCACAACUUCUACUUAACGCCUGAAAGUUUUGAUCAGAAGGUCCAUAAUGUUUCCUUUGCUUUUGAGCUGAUGCAAGAUGGAGGACUCAAGAAACCAAAAGCUCGCCCUGAAGAUGUUGUCAACUUGGAUCUGAAAUCUACCCUCAGGGUUCUGUACAACCUCUUCACAAAGUACAAGAAUGUCGAGUGAUCCUGGAAGCUGCCGAGGUGUUCAUCCUUGCAACCUCUUUAGGAAAAAAAUACAAUAAAAACACCUUCUGCGUGCUCCCUUUGUGCCUUAUGCUAUACUUCAUGCAUUCUUUCUGCUCUUGAUGUGGUCUUUCUCUAGCUCCUUGUAUGACGAUCCCACUAAAAAUAAUGCAUGUGUAUUCUGUAGGUCACUUUUGAAAAAGCGUUGAUAUUUCAUACUUUUGCCAAAAGACACUGUUGAGUCUAUUGUGCGUUACGGUCAGCAAAUGUUCUUCUUGUGAUAAAGGAAAUAUACCACUAACUAAUUUAAUAAGCAGGGAAAACAUGAGAGCUUCCUCAUGACUGUAGCCUCUUUGAUGAUAUGCUAGAUUUUCUUUUGCAAAUUUCUUGGUUGCUGUUGGCAUGGCAUUGGAUAAUUUUUCGGGCUUAAGUGCUAGCAAUAGAAAAUCAACAUUGGAAUUUAUUUAGAAGCUGAGCCUUUUCUGUUAAAUAAGGGUUUUGUAUGUUCUCCUGGGAGGUGGGGGGGUUACAGGCACCAUAUGAAGCUACCUAGCAAAAGCCUUGAAGGUUUCUUCAGUUUUUGUGUUAACCUCAUACUACCCAGUGUUAUUUCCAUUCAGUGUUUACACAGAAUAAGUCUUGCAAUGGGAUGACCAUCUAAUCAUAUCUGCUUUUAUUUCUUCUCCUUUGCAGGAGAGAUUUGGUUGCUAAGGCUGCAGUCAUUCUUUAAGUGUGCAGCUUGAAUCAGGUUAGUCGGGAACUAGUCAAAUAUGCAUACACUGGAUUAAUGCAUUUCCCCCCCAGUCAUUUCCAAAAUGUGUGUGAGGAUUAAUGACUGUUAUUGACAGCUUGAUGGUUU